AUGACUCAAAGGACGAGAGAGAUAGAACAGAUCCUGUCGCUUGACGUCCAUCCGUCCCGUGUGGUCUACGCUAACCCCUGCAAGAUCAGCUCACACAUUCGCUACGCCUCGCACGUUGGUGUUGACCUUAUGACCUUUGACGGCGUCCAUGAACUGGUCAAGAUCAAGAAACUGUUCCCCAAUGCCAGGCUCAUCUUGCGCAUCCACUCCGGCGGUGACAACACAGCACUACACAACUUUGACAAGAAAUUUGGCUGCCACCCAAGGGCGGCACGGGGGGUGCUCAACAGGGCCAAAAGGAUGGGACUCAAUGUGGUGGGGGUCAGGUGA